GGGAUCUGAAGUUAUGACUACUGCAAGGAGCAGGAAGAGUCCGUGCUUAGAGGAGCUUCCUACAAGACACAUCAAGGAGGCGAACUGCCCCCAGUUCCCUCAGCUGCUCCUCGUAGGACUUGCGCUCCAGACCCUCCACCAGCCUUGGCGCGUCUCCAAAGCAAUGCGUGAAACGACAACGUUCAGAGGAUCCCUGCCCCAUCUGAACGACAGCGACGUGGAGUUCCUUGGACCUCCAGAAAAUUCAGUCGCAGUUCGGCCGGGUGACGUUUCUCAGGGAUGAUUCUGCACCUGGCUGGCUUCCCUCGGCAGGAGGAGGGAAAAGCCGCCCCGCUCGGCCAGGCCCUGCCCGUAGCCCGGGCUCGGCGGGCACCGCCGGCCUCCCCGGCCCCGUGGGCGGGCGCGGGGGCGGCCCCUUCCCGCCCGGCCUCCUCCGGCCCCGCCGCUUCCCCGGCAGCUCCGGGCCCGGCUCCGCCAUGGGCGCCGCUCGCUGCUCCCGGCUGCUGCUGCCGCCGCUGCUGCUGCUGCUCCUGGCGCCGUGGGGCCUGCAUGUGUCGGGGGAGCCCCGCUCGGCGCGGCGCCGCUGGCCGGUGCCCUACAGGCGCUUUGAUUUCCGUCCCAAGACCGAUCCUUACUGCCAAGCUCGCUACACCUUCUGUCCCACUGGCUCUGCCAUCCCGCUUAUGAAGGAAGAGGAUGUCAUUGAGGUGUAUCGACUACAGGCUCCAGUGUGGGAGUUCAAGUACGGGGACCUGCUAGGACAUUUGAAAAUUAUGCAUGAUGCUGUGGGUUUCAAGAGCUCUCUAACAGGCAAAAACUACACAAUGGAGUGGUAUGAGCUCUUCCAGCUUGGGAACUGCACAUUUCCACACCUGCGGCCUGGCAUGGACGCACCGUUCUGGUGUAACCAGGGAGCUGCCUGCUUUUAUGAAGGAAUAGAUGAUGCACACUGGAAGGCAAAUGGAACUUUAGUUCUUGUGACCACAAUAUCAGGAACCAUGUUUAAUGAAAUGGCCCAAUGGGUAAAAUACGACAAUGAGACUGGCAUUUACUACGAGACCUGGACAGUUCAAGCAAGUCCUGACAAAAAGUCAACAGUGUGGUUUGACUCUUAUGAGUGCUCCAAGUUUAUACUGAGAACCUACCAGAAGCUAGCUGACUUGGGAGCUGUAUUUAAGAAGAUACAAACAAACUACACCAGCAUAAUUUUAUUCAGUGGAGAACCUAUUUAUCUGGGGAAUGAAACAUCUAUUUUUGGACCACAAGGAAACAAGACACUGGCAGCAGCUAUAAGAGACUUUUACAAUCCAUUCAAACCUCAUCAGAGUGUCAGAGAGUUUUUCGUGGAUCUUUUCAGAAUAAUUGAUCGUGUUAUCUUGAAUCAUCAGUUUUACCUCUUCUACAACUUGGAAUACUGGUUUUUACCUAUGAAGUCCCCUUAUCUCAAAAUAAUUUAUGAAGAGGUCCCUUUGCCUGUUGGCAGCAAAGCAUCCUCUGGUAUAUGACUGUCUACUGAAGAACAAAACUUGCCUUUAUGGCAAAAUAUUCUUAAGGAUUUUGGAGCUCUACCAUGAUGAUGUGAAAGGGUUGUAUGUUUCACUGCUGACUGUAAAAAUUGUAUUGGGAAGGCUUUGCUGUACCAGGUGAAAGACUCUGCAUUUUUUUCUUACAUCCUGUAUAAUACAUUCAUGAAUGCUUCAGCAUCUCUGAUCUGGCCAGCUUCUGUGUAAGCAUGGCCCCUGCUGCCCGAGGGGAGACUGCAGUGGCUCCUCUGGCUGAGCUCUGCAGUGCCAGAGGGGGAAUGGGGGGGCAGCUGCCUGCUCUGGGCUCAGGGACUCUGCAUGCAUGGCCACAGGGCAGCAGAUGGCACCUGGCCACUGGCAGAGGGGGGACACAAGUUACAAGGACUAACUCACUCAGCAUGAGUGUCUGGAUGUGUCCAGUUCCUUCAACAUGUGCCUUACACUGCUGUUACUGUAGUUCUCUGGUUUGUUCAGCUGGGGCCUGGGGCAGUGAAUGUACUGGAGGGUGGGCAUGGGUGAUGCUUUUUCACCACUCUGCUUCCUUCAGCUGCACUGUAAACACCAUUCAGCUGACUCUUCUUCAGUUUCAUGUGUGUUCUAUGCCACAGAUAAAAGCCAAACUGCCUGCCUUGA